GACACCACAUAUAUUAACCAACUCACCAAACUCAUAACCUCUGUGUCUCUAAUUAUUCCCAUGUCCUCCUUGUCUCAAAAUGAGCAUUUUUCUCUCUGUUCCGUAGCUUUCUUCUCCACCACCUUUCUGAACCCCAAGACCAACAUAUUCCUCUUCUCCCUUCUCUCUCACUCUCCCACUCUUUGCUAUGACCAUGAAGAAUCACCUGCAGCUUUUCUUUCCUGCCAGUGUACUGUUGCUUCUAUAUGUGUUUUUGCCUUCACUGUCAUCGUCAACCGUCGAUCACAAACAGGACGUUUAUUCAAGUACCAAGACCGACGGAGAAGCUCUGCUCCUUUUCAAGAACUCAAUCCAGAAGGACCCAAAUGGAGUCCUGUCAAGUUGGCAGCUCAAUCGAAAUCCAUGCAGCUGGUAUGGAGUCUCCUGCGAUAUAGGAAGAGCUACUCAACUCAAUCUGAGCGGCUGCAAUCUCUCAGGGACUCUCUCAUUCUACUCUCUCUCAUCACUUGACAUGCUAUCGGUUCUCAAUCUCUCUAACAAUGUUUUUUAUAUAAAUUCCAGUACUUCUUUGCUUCAACUCCCGCAUGCAUUGAAACAGCUUGAUCUCUCUUCUGCUGGAGUUGUAGGUCUCAUACGAGAAGAUUUCCUCUCAAUUUAUCCGAAUCUCAUGCAUUUAAAUCUUUCGCACAACAAUCUUACUGGUUCUGUGCCAGAGAAUCUUUUAGCCAAGUCAGAGAAUUUGCAAGUUUUCGAUCUCUCUUUUAACAACUUGUCCAGUAGCAUUUCUGAUCUUAAGUUUGGAAACUCCUGCAAGAGCCUGCUUUACAUGGAUCUCUCAGUAAACAAUAUGAUAGAUAUCAUUCCAUCUUCCUUGUCCAAUUGCACCAACCUGAAGACCCUAAAUUUAUCAUUCAAUGCACUUGUUGGGGAGAUACCACAAGCUUUCGGUGAACUGAGAAGCUUAGAGAAAUUAGACCUUUCUUAUAACCACCUCACUGGUUCAAUUCCAUAUGGGUUAGCGAAUGCUUGUGGAUCCCUUCAGCAGCUAAAGCUCUCCAAUAACAAUAUCUCUGGUUUAAUACCUGAUUCGUUCUACUCAUGCUAUUCACUCCAAUUGCUGGACUUGGCUAAUAAUAACAUCUCGGGUCUUUUCCCAAAUGAUGUUCUCCGAAACCUCGUUUCCUUGGAAAGCCUUCUGUUGAGCAAUAACUUUAUUUCUGGACCAUUUCCAAGUUCCAUCUCUGCAUGCAAGCGACUGAAAAUUGCAGACUUCAGUUCAAACAAGGUUACCGGAGUCAUGCCUCCUGAUAUCUGCUCCAGUGAAUCCUUACUUGAAGAGCUACGAGUUCCUGAUAAUUUGAUCACUGGUCAGCUUCCACCUCAAUUGUCAAACUGUUCCCAUCUCAGGACAAUUGAUCUCAGCAUCAACUAUCUCCAAGGUAUAAUUCCACCAGAGUUUGGCCUGCUCAAAAACCUUGAGCAUUUGAUGCUCUGGUUCAAUGGCUUGCAUGGCCAAAUCCCUGCUGAAUUAGGCCAAUGCUCGCAGCUCAGGAACCUCAUCCUCAACAAUAACUUCAUCGGUGGUGACAUCCCAGUCGAACUGUUCAACUGCAGCAAACUUGAAUGGAUUUCACUCACCAGCAAUGGAAUCACAGGAAGAAUCUUACCAGAGUUUGGCUGGCUCUCCAGGCUGGCAGUCCUCCAGCUUGCUAACAAUAGCCUCGGUGGAGAGAUCCCAGAAGAGCUUGGGAACUGCAGGAGCUUGGUGUGGUUGGAUUUGAACAGCAAUCACCUGACAGGUGAGAUCCCACCACGCCUUGGCCGACAACUUGGAGCAAAAGCUUUAAGUGGAAUUUUAUCAGGCAAUACCUUGGCUUUCGUCCGAAACGUGGGGAAUUCAUGCAAAGGAGUGGGAGGAUUGCUGGAAUUUGCUGGAAUCCGGCCGGAGAGGCUACUGCAAGUGCCAACUCUGAAGACUUGCGACUUCACAAGAUUGUACUCUGGCGCAGCUCUAAGUGACUGGACUCAUUACCAAACACUGGAGUACCUCGAUCUUUCAUAUAAUGAGCUUCAUGGCAGUAUCCCAGAGGAAUUCGGGGACAUGGUCGUCCUACAAGUGCUGGACUUAGCCCACAACAAGUUGACAGGGGUGAUCCCAGCAUCCCUUGGCCGCCUUCGAAACCUUGGAGUCUUUGAUGCCUCACACAACAAAUUGCAGGGUAGCAUUCCAGAAUCCUUCUCCAAUCUCUCCUUCUUGGUACAGAUAGACCUAUCAGGUAAUAACUUGAGUGGACCGAUCCCAUCGAGGGGGCAGCUCAGUACACUUCCUGCAAGUCAGUAUGCGAACAAUCCUGGCCUCUGUGGUGUCCCCUUGCCUCCAUGCCAGGAGGCAAACAACCUUCCCACUGCAACUCCAUCAGACUAUGGGAGUGAAGGUAGAAGGAGCUCAGCUGCUGCUUGGGCCAACAGCAUUGUGCUGGGCGUUCUCGUCUCAGUUGCCUCCAUAUGUGUUCUUAUAGUGUGGGCAAUUGCAAUGCGAGCAAGGCGAAAGGAAGCGGAGGAAGCCAGGAUGCUAAAUAGCCUCCAGGCUACACAUGCAGCAACAACUUGGAAAAUUGGAAAGGAGAAGGAGCCUCUGAGCAUCAAUGUCGCCACCUUUCAGAGGCAACUCCGUAAGCUGACAUUCUCACAGCUCAUUGAGGCCACCAAUGGCUUCUCUGCAGCAAGCCUCAUUGGUUGCGGAGGCUUCGGAGAAGUGUUCAAGGCCACGUUGAAGGAUGGCUCGAACGUCGCAAUUAAGAAGCUGAUACACUUAAGCUAUCAGGGCGAUCGAGAAUUCAUGGCAGAGAUGGAAACCUUGGGCAAAAUCAAGCAUAAGAACCUCGUGCCUCUCUUGGGUUAUUGCAAGAUAGGCGAGGAGAGGCUUCUUGUUUAUGAGUACAUGAGGUUCGGGAGCCUCGAAGACAUGCUGCAUGGUAAAAGGGCCCGGGAAAUGAUGCUUAGCUGGGAGGAGAGGAAGAAGAUUGCAAGGGGUGCAGCAAAGGGCUUGUGCUUCCUCCACCACAACUGCAUUCCUCACAUCAUACACCGUGACAUGAAAUCAAGCAACGUGUUGUUGGACAGUGAGAUGGAGGCAAGGGUGUCAGACUUUGGGAUGGCAAGGCUUAUAAGUGCAUUGGACACUCAUCUUAGUGUAAGCACCCUUGCCGGCACUCCUGGCUACGUGCCACCGGAGUACUAUCAGAGCUUCCGGUGCACCGCAAAAGGCGACGUGUACUCAUUCGGGGUGGUGCUGCUUGAGAUACUCACAGGGAGAAGGCCGACCGAUAAAGAGGACUUUGGUGACACCAACUUGGUAGGUUGGGUGAAGAUGAAGAUAAGGGAAGGGAAAGGGAGGGAGGUGAUUGAUGGAGAGCUGCUGCUUGCGAGCAAAGGUGACGAGGAGAAGGAGAUGAUGAGGUUUUUGGAGAUCACACUGCAGUGUGUGGAAGACUUCCCGUCGAAGAGGCCCAACAUGCUGAACGUGGUGGCCAUGUUGAGGGCGCUCAAGACUGCUGCUGUGGAUGGAAGUAUUGCUUGAUAGAAUUACUAGUUUGUUCUUUUGACAUGUUGUAGUUUUACUUUGAUGACUUGUGUUGUUAUAUUAUCGGUGGAUGAUGCUUUGUUUUAGAGAAUACUACUAUGUUUGCGUUCAA